UCCCUGCGGGCACAUAUAAGAUCCUGGUCACACCUGGAGGAUGCAGAGAGGAGUGAGCCUACGGCAAGAUGGACAUGGGCAGCAAAGAGGUCUUGAUGGAGAGCCCACCGGACUACUCAGCAGCUCCCCGGGGCCAGUUCCGCAUCCCCUGCUGCCCGGUGCACCUCAAACGCCUUCUCAUCGUGGUUGUGGUGGUGGUCCUUGUGGUGGUGGUGAUUGUAGGGGCCCUGCUCAUGGGUCUUCACAUGAGCCAGAAACACACUGAGAUGGUUCUCGAGAUGAGCAUUGGGGCACCGGAAGCUCAGCAACGCCUGGCCCUGAGUGAACUCAUGGGUACCACUGCCACCUUCUCCAUCAGCUCCACUGGCAUGGUUGUGUAUGACUACCAGCGGCUCCUGACUGCCUAUAAACCUGCCCCGGGAACCUGCUGCUACAUCAUGAGGAUGGCUCCGGAGAGCAUCCCUAGUCUUGAGGCUCUUGCUAGAAAAUUCCAGAACUUACAGGGCAAGCCCACUGCAGCUGGCUCUAAGCUGGGCCAGGAGGAGGGACGGGAAGAGGGCUCUCCAGCCUCCCCGGGAGAAGACCUGGCUUUCCUGGGGCUCGCCGUGCGCACCCUGUGCGGAGAGGUGCCUCUCUACUACAUCUAGACUCCGAGGGUGAGCAGCGACCGUGGAGGCCACAGUGAAGAGGAAAGAUUCUCACGCACAGGGUCUUUUGCAGACAGGCUCCUGUCCACGCGCAAAGGGUUGACUCUGGAGAAAGGGAGCUGCCGGAGAGGGUGGGAGGGGGCAGAGGAGAGGUGGCUUCUAUGGGCCUGGGGACUCCUACCACAAAAGAAUAAAGCAGCUUGAUUAAAAAACAAA